AUGUGGAUUUUCAGGGUGAAGCGGCCGUUAGGUUCUCCGCCUGUCUUCAAGGCUCGUUACGUUGCUCGAGGGUUCAGUGAGCGAGAGGGAGUAGACUUCUUCCAGAACUUCUCCCCCACCUCGAAUAUGACCACUCUUCGGGUGCUGCUGCACGUUGCCGCUCAACGUGACUACGAGCUUCACUCUCUUGACUUCCGCACAGCUUUCUUGCAGGGCAGCCUGCACGAGGAGAUCUGGCUGUGCCGCCCCCCUGGCUUCACUGGGUCGUUCCCUCCUGGUACCCAGUGGAGCCUCCGGCGGCCGGUCUACGGUCUCCGCCAGGCGCCAAGUGAGUGGCACGACACACUGAGGACUACACUUGCGGCUCUUGGGUUUGCGCCUUCUAUUGCUGACCCGUCGCUGUUUCUACGCACCGACACUUCGCUGCCACCGUUCUACAUCCUCGUGUACGUCAACGACUUGGUCUUUACCACUGCUGACACUGAGGCUCUCGCCCUGGUGAAGUCGGAGCUGCAGAAGAGACACACGUGCACAGACCUGGGUGAACUGCGCAGCUACCUUGGCUUGCAGAUCACCCGGGACAGAGCACGCCGCACCAUCACACUGACUCAGUCGCUCGCUCUCAGCUCCACAUUCGGACGAGUCCGUAGAGCCGAGUGGUCCUUACCCAGAGCUAGUUGUCUGCCUCAUGUACCUGAUGACUUGCACUCGUCCUGA